AGUUGUAUACUUGUGUGCGGCAAGAGAAAAGAAAGAAGAGGGUGGGUCUACGGUCUACCUAAGCGCACGUAAUGUUCCUCCGCCCGUUCCCAUCCUACUUCCGCCCUGCCGCUCGCCGCCACUCCUCUUCCUCCUCCAAAUCGUCGAGGCGCCACUCCUCGGCCUCCCGCGGAGGUGGAAGCGACCACCAUCAUCUCCUCCCCAGCAUCUCCAUCUGCGCCACCUGCAAGAACUCCCCCUCCGCCGCCACCCUCGACCUUCUCAUCCUCCUCCUCGCCCUCUUCUGCUCCGCCUUCCUCGUCGCCUCCUCCCUCGCCCACGUCUUCCGAUCCCUCGCACUCCUCCUCCCCGCCUCCUCUUUCCGCCACGCAUCCCACCCCUACCUCGUCACCCUCCUCCUCCUCUUCCUUGCCGCCUCCCUCGCCGUCGCCGUGCUAUCCUGCUCCCGACCCUGCUUCUUCCCCUGGUUCCUCCGUCGACGCUGCAGCAGGCCUCGCUGCCGCGGCCUCAAGAAGGCCCUCGAGUUCGAUGUCCAGCUGCAGACCGAGGAGUGCAUUCGCUCGCCCGACCUCGCGCAAACCGCCGCCUGGAAGGAGAUCGACGAUCUUCCCUGGAAGGGCGGGCAGCAAGGGAACAAUCCUGAUUACGAAUGCCUGCGAGUGGAGCUGAGGAGGAUGGCUCCGUCCAAUGGCCGUGCCGUGCUGCUCUUCCGCGCACGGUGUGGCUGUCCACUUGCAAAACUCGAGGCCUGGGGACCCAAGCGAAGCCGCCGGAACAAGAAGAUUAGAGAGAAAGGAAUGCUGCAGCUCUAGUGGAGCUCCUAUGCAUUUUAAAACUUUGAACUUUAUUUAGACGAAGCUAAGAUUCAUUCAGCUUAUCAGAAUGUUCUCUUCUAUAAAAAUCCAGCAAACUCUGCUUAUAGAAAAUAUUAAUUAAUUUGAUGCCUUGUAAUUUUCUCCAAAAAUGUGGAAUCACCACAUCAGC